AUGGAGCAGCUGCACGCCCGCCAUGCCGUCCUCGCACCCGCCCACCACGGCCACGCCGUCCUCGCAGCUCCCGCCCUGUGGGACGCGCUCGUCGACUUGUCGCCCUCGUCCGCCCGCGACCCGGACCCGACCUCCCUCACCCUCGCACUCGAGCCACUCGUGCACAGCUACACGCCCGCAAAAGCGCCCCGCGCACUCGUCGUCGUCGCCCGCCAGGCCAGCAAGGCCGACCUCGCCGCCGUCGACCUGGUGCGCCCCGGCUCCUUCUCUCCACACUCGCUCAGAGCACGAAUUGACUUGUGCGCGUGCUCACAGUCUGCCCAGGACGAUGCGCUCCUCGUACCACACGCGCUCGCCGCGGCGCACCCGCUCGUCUUCAUCCGCCGCUCCUCGUCCUCGUCCCCCCCCACCUCGCCUGUCCCGGCAACCCUCCUCGUGUCGCUCACGAACCCGAUACCCCUCACCUCGGUCGUCCUCGUCGCCCUCGACUCGCCCUCGUACGCCCACGCCGCCCACCCCUCGGACGGCCGCUCCCUCGAGUCGCGCCUCGCCGACUCGUCCGCCCACCUCGUCCGCGAGGGCGGCACCUUGCGCCUGCCCGGCGUAGGCCGCUACCGCGUCGCCAUGUCCGAGCCCGUCCUCCAAGGCGUCGUCGUCAAAGGGCAGACCCAGGUCCUGGUCCUUCCGCCUCAAGGCGGCGACGACCACCGACUCGAGCCGGCUUCCGACGCCGGCUCGUCGCUCGGCGCAGGAGCGCACCACGACGAGACGACCGAGGACGACGACGACAACCUCGACGACGACGACCUCCUCGAGAUCGACGAGGGCUUCCUCGCCGGCUCGGUCCUGUCGCCCCUUCGCUCCACCGUCACCGCCGCGCCGCUCACGCACCCGGUCCCCGCCGAGCUGCUCGUCCCGCAGCCGGACGCCGACGAGGACGACAUCCCGCGUGCGUACGUCGCGACGGCCGACCUGGGUCGUCUCGGCCUGUUCAGCGGCGACUGGGCGGUCCUCAGCCGACGGGCGGGCGAGGGCGAGGGACGGCUCGCGAGGGUGUUUGCGGCCGAGGGCCUCGUCGCAGGGACCGAGGCCACCGUCCACCUUCCUCCAUCCCUUCUCUUCAAUCUCCUUGGCCCCGACGCCCUCUGCUCCUCUUCCACGCCAUCCCUCGACCUGCUCCCUGCACCUCGCAUCUCGCCCGUCCUCCCCGCACCGCUGCCGACCGCGUCGUCCGUCACCAUCGCCCGACUCGCGUCGCCGCUCUCGGUCAACAAGGUCUUCCAGCCGCUCUUCCUUGAGGGCCUCAAGGAGCACUUCUCGCGAUGCACGAGGGCAGUCAAGAAUGGCGACGUCAUCGCGGUCGGGAUCGACGAGGAGCGGGUUCGGUUCGCGCAGGAGGGCAAGGAGGGAGCGCCGCACGAGGACGAGGUCGACCUUCCUGCCGCACCGACUGCGCCAACCGCCGUCGUCUACUUCCUCGUCACGUCGCUCACGGUCGAGCCACCAACCGCCUCGACGGCCGCGACGGGCGACUUUGACCUCGAUCGCCAGCUCGAGGACGGCGCGCUCGGGUGCUUCGUCGACCCAAAGGUGACCAAGCUGCUGCAGACGGGCGUCGAGCGAGGGCGGGUGCCGGACGUCGCAGGGUGGAUGGCCGACCUGAUUCGUCCAUGUGUGACCGCAGCUCCUUCCCCAUCGGUCCCGCUCGCGCCCGACGCGUUCGGCACGCCCACCCCGGGCUCUCGCCUCCUUGCCUUCCUCCUUUCGUCCCUCACCCCUCGCGCGUCGACCUACGCCCUCCCGCUCACCGUCCUCCUCAAGGGCGCCCGCGGUAGCGGCAAGCGCGUCCUGCUGCGCUGCGUCACGCGCGCCGCCGGCGUCGGCCUCCUCGAGCUCGACUGCUUCGACCUCCUCGGCGACAGCGACGCCAAGACCGAGGGCCGGCUGCGGGCGCUCGCCGUCGACAAGGCGCUCGCGUGUGCGCCCGUCGUGCUCGUCCUGAGGAACAUCGAGGCGUUGGCGAGGAAGAGCCAGGCGAUGGAGACGGGGCAAGAGCCGCCGAUGACGACCGUCCUGCGCGACUGCAUCGAGACGAUCCGGGAGGGCUGGAAGUCGUCGGGCCACCCGGUCGUCGUCGUCGCGACCACGACCGACGUCGACAAGGUCCCGACCGGUGUCGUCGGCCUCUUCAAGGAGGAGAUCGGCAUCGAGGCCCCCGGCGAGCCCGAGCGCCUCGCCAUCCUCCGCAGCCUCACCUCGGCCGACCUUGUCGCGCCCGACGUCUCGCUUCGCGCACUCGCCGUCCAGACGGCCGCCCUCGUCGCCAACGACCUCGUCGACCUCGUCCGCCGAGCACGAGCCGCCGCCGCCGAGCGCGUCCUCGCGCUUCCCUCCCUCUCGACCUCGUCUCCUCCUCCCCUUUCUUCUUCCUCUCCUGCAUCUUCGCCAGCACCUGCACCCGCACCGACACUCGCCGACCUCGCUCACGCCGGCGUCGCCCUCACCUCGGUCGACUUCAAUUUGGCGCUCGACAAGGCCCGAGCGGCCUACAGCGAGAGCAUCGGCGCGCCCAAGAUCCCCAACGUGACGUGGGACGACGUCGGCGGCCUCGCGAGCGUCAAGAGCGACAUCCUCGACACGAUCCAGCUCCCGCUCGAGCGGCCAGAGCUGUUCCGCGACGGGCUCAAGAAGCGCAGCGGCAUCCUCCUGUACGGCCCGCCGGGCACGGGCAAGACGCUCCUCGCCAAGGCGGUCGCCACGUCGUGCUCGCUCAACUUCUUCUCGGUCAAGGGUCCCGAGCUCCUCAACAUGUACAUCGGCGAGUCCGAGGCCAACGUGCGGCGCGUGUUCCAGCGUGCGCGCGACGCCAAGCCGUGCGUCAUCUUCUUCGACGAGCUCGACUCGGUCGCGCCCAAGCGCGGCAACCAGGGCGACUCGGGCGGCGUCAUGGACCGCAUCGUGAGCCAGCUCCUCGCCGAGCUCGACGGCAUGAGCGAGGGCAAGGGCGGCAACGACGUGUUUGUCAUCGGCGCGACCAACCGCCCGGACCUGCUCGACCCGGCGCUCCUCCGACCCGGACGAUUCGACCGCAUGCUGUACCUCGGCGUCUCGGACAACCACGCGGCGCAGCUCAACAUCAUGCGGGCCCUGACGCGCAAGUUCAAGCUGGCGCCCGAGACGGACCUCGCCAAGCUCGCCGAGCAGUGCCCGUACAACUACACGGGCGCCGACUUCUACGCCCUGUGCUCGGACGCCAUGCUCAAGGCCAUGACGAGGAAGGCGACCGAGGUCGACGACCGCAUCGCCGAGCUCAACGCCCAACCGCCCUACUCAACCGGCGCAGCACCCGCCCUCACGCCGCAGUACUACCUCGCCGAGCUGGCCACGCCGCAAGAGAUCGAGGUCCUCGUUGCGCAGCAGGACUUUGAGGCCGCUCUCGCCGAGCUCGUCCCCUCGGUGUCGCAGGCCGAGAUGCUCCACUACAAGACGGUCCAGUCGCGCUUCUCCGCCGAGACGCUCAACAGCGACGACAAGCUCGCCGCCAAGGAGGCCGAGGCGGCGGCGGCGGCGGCGGCCGCGUCGUCGGCCGGAGCGCUGCAGGGCCCGGUCGAGCAGGCCAAGCCGAAUGGCGUCGUGCCCAACGGUGUCGUCGCCGAGGAGGCGCCGGCGCAGGAGGACGAGAGCGCGGCGCAGGAGGAGGCGGAGCGGCAGCGAAAGAGGAAGGCCAAGGGCAAAGGCAAGGCGAGGGCAGACUGAGGGGCCCGAGCGGUGGUCGUCGCGAGCGAGGGUCGUCGAGCCCGUCUUUGUGCAUUGCAUUUGGGCAUUCAGCAGUC